UGCGCAUGCGUCCUGUGCCAGUAGAGGGCAGGGUAAGUUCACUCUCCUCUGCAGCCUCGCUGUUUUGUGUGCAUGUGGAAGCGGAGGAGCGUGUGUUGAAGUCUUUUUAACAAAGAUCUUCGACACAUUUUGAGUGUGAGAGCGUGUGUGGUUAUGUGACAAAUUUCAAUAAUACUAUCCAUAAUUUUACACUCAUGAAAACAAGUUUACUAGACUCCCGACAAGAUGUCCACCGACUGCCAGAAGACAAUUGCCAAGGCAAUUCCAUCGACCAGGAGAAUGCUCAUCAACGAGGCAGAUCACCUGCCCCUCAACUACUCCUCUACACCUGGGGGGACCCUGUUUGGCACUACACCGGGCGGUACCAGGAUCAUCUAUGACAGAAAGUUCCUGCUGGAGUGUCGCAACUCUCCAUCGGCCCAGACUCCUCCUCAGGGUCUCCCCUGCAUUCCAGGGGUGACCAGUCCUCCCUCCAAAGAGCCUGAUGUAAAGACGCUGAAUGGGGAAGCGCUGAACAACAACAACAACAUGGCUGCUCCUGGCAGCAGCAGCACCGGUGAUGAUGCUCAGUUUGAGAUGGAUAUCUAGGUGGAGCUGAACAUGCAUUACGGUGCUGUGAAAGGAAGGACAGGGGUGCUUCUAAUGUUCCAUCAUUAUUUGUAUGAAGGCAAAAUUUCCUAUUUUUCUAAAUCUGGCUCUUUCAGUCUAUCUUUCUCAUUUGGUGGUUUUGCCCAGAAAAAAGCAGAAACUAUUUUUCUUUUUGUCUGAGGGCUUAAACCUUAUUUGUGACAAAGUGUGCCUUCCGUUAGUGGCUGCUAGUUUGAAAUCUACGUUGAGAAGUGCUUCACCCCGACCAUGCCUCAUCAACCAGCAAUGAGAGAAAUGGAUGGGAAAAACCAAGCCUUGUUCUUUGAACUGACAACCAUUCCAGAAGGAUCUGUCACUUAAUUUUCUCUCUAGAUCCUGCCUUCAAAUAGUCAGUCGUGCUGUUUAAAGGUGCUCCACCUAAAGUGUUACACAAAGAUUUUCAAGCUGAAUUUUUUUUAUAUUUUGAAAUGUUUUUCACACAGUUUAUUGGGUGACGGAAAUCAAUAAAGCAAACACUAGUAAACUCACAGUGUUGUCUCUUCUGUCUCGUUUCCCCCUCAUUGUCUUUUAAUUAUGUGUUUUAGUGUUUGCUGUGCUGUCAUGUGGGUGGAUCUGUACUUUUUUCAUAAGCAUUUUAUGUUAUUAACUGAG